AAUUGAUCAAUGAUAAGUAGUGAUUAAAAGUUAGAAUAUUACUCUUGGAAUUAAAUCGAAAGCUUUCAUCUUCAUCUCUCCAAUCUGUCAAAGGAUUUUUGAGUGAAAAUGGAUACAGUUGGCAAGACUAUCACAUGCCGAGCUGCUGUGGUUUGGAAAAAGAGGCAACCGUAUUCCAUUGAGACUGUUGUAGUAGAUGUUCCCAAAAAAGGAGAAGUUCGAGUGAAAUUGGCAUCAGUUGGUAUUUGUCAUUCCGAUCUUCAUGCACAAAUGGGAUGCGAAGAAAAUCAUCCAUUUCCAACUAUCUUAGGGCAUGAAGGUGCAGGAAUUGUUGAGAGUGUAGGAGAGGACGUGGAACGUUUCAAACCAGGGGACCUAAUCGUGUUUACAUUUGAAUCUUACUGUGGCGAUUGUGAUUUAUGUCAGAGUCCAAAAGCUAAAAACUGCAGAAAAACUACGAGAAAUAGUUUUCAUAUGGAUGGCACAUCACGAGUUUCAGCUAAAGAAAAAGCUCUAAGUCAACUAAAUGCUUUGGGAUUAUUUUCUGAAUAUACCGUAACUUCCCAAUAUAACAUUACAAAAGUAAAUCCUGCUGCCGAUCAAAAAAUAUUGUGUCUAGCGGGAUGCUGUCUUCCAACUGGAUAUGGGGCUGCCGUAAAUGCAGGAAAGGUGACACCAGGAUCGACGUGUGCCGUUUGGGGUCUUGGAGGAGUUGGAAUGUGUGUCAUCAUGGGAUGUCAUGACAGUGGAGCCUCGAAAAUUAUUGGAAUAGAUCCUAAUCCUAAGAAAUUUCAAUUAGCGGAAGGAUUCGGAGCGACUCAUUUUUUGAAUCCUAAAGAAGUGACAAGCGUACCUGAAACCUUGGCCCAUAUGUGCAAGGAUGGGGUAGACUACUGCUUCGUGUCAGUAGGAAAUCUUUCUGCUAUGGAAGAAGCUUUUAAUUCCAGCCAUCCAUACUGGGGCAAAACCAUUAUUAUUGGUCUGGGUGAAACUGGCGCUACUGUGAAUGUUGGUGUAUGGAAUUUACUGUAUGGUCGACAACUUAUGGGAACACGUUAUGGGUCAUAUAAAGCAGUUCGCGAUAUUCCUGAGUUAGUUGAAAAAGUUGUUAGCGGAAAGAUACAGUUAGAAAAGCUUAUCACUCAUCGUUUGCCUCUAGACAAAAUAAAUGAAGGUUUUGAAUUGAUGAAAACUGGAGAAUCGUUAAGAUCAAUUAUUGACUUUGAUUUGAAAGAAUAGUUCUCUGAAGACUAUUAAAAGCAUGAAGAAUCUUUUAACAAAGAUCUAAAACGAUAUAAUCUAUUGUUUUCCUUUGUUCUUCAUUCCAUUUACAUAGAAUUAUAUCAAGAAUUCUCUGGUAAAAGAAGUGUUUUUUUAAUCCUCUUCUGGUACAUAACUGCAGUAUUUAUGCUUGUAAUAAAAUGUUUGGCUUAACUAA